AGAGAAAUAAAUCUUAGCUCCUCUUUGGCAGCUAUAUCCACUCUCUUACCUCUCAGUGGGCCAAGUUCUGUGCUGGCGUAACUCGACUGACUUCACUGGCGUUAAUGCUAUGGAGAAUUUGGCCCAGCUGUUAUGAAGUUUGUUUGAGCAGAAAAUCCCGCCCUGCAAGGAUUGCAACAGCCUCUUUGAGAGAAAUGAAAGUGAAACUAAAACCAGCCAAAGUUAUGGAGCAAAAAGAGAGUCUGUAGAGGGUGGCUCUGUACCUAAAGCAACUCCACUAUGAAUUUUAGGAUUUAUUCGGCAGUUUAUUGCUUCCUGUGCACUGGAAUCCUAAAGCACCAGAAUGGAGUUGCAACAGCAGGUUCAACCUUCAGUCAAAGUAGGCAGCUUUCCUGCUUGUUUGAGACAACUGAAACAAUCCCAUUGUUAAGUGAAUUCAAGUACCUCACACAGAAUGCCUGGCUCCUGCUGAGUGGAACUGAGAGACCUCACCAAGAAAAUCCUCCUGCUACUGAUACCCUCACAUUUAUUGUACAAGAGUCCUCACUGGAUAUUCUCCAACAUGUGGAUGAGGAUACUGACCUGCUUGAAUGUGUAUUCCUGGUACGCACAGGACCCUCUCUAAUCCAGUCUGGCUUGAAUAAGGAUGUCCUCCUCAGCUGUGCUUUCUCAGUCGAUCACCACACCGAUGUCACCAUCAAAUGGGUAUUACAGCAGAAAGGGGGACACAAGAAGCUGAUAUUUGCCUACAAUGGAUUUACCAGGCAGGUGGAACACAAGGAUAAACGGGCUGAGAUGUUCCUAGCAGAGAUGCCGAAGGGGAAUGCUUCUCUCUUACUAAGAACAGUGGGAGUAAGAGAUGUAGGAACCUAUUCUUGCUCAAUAUUGGUGUCGUCACUUCUUUGGGCACAGAAUGUCCAGCUGGAAAUAGUAGAAAAGCCCACGGUGACCCUCAAUGCUGACGUCCUGUCCCUGGUGGAAGGAGACGAACACAAGCUGGUCUGUGACAUCAGUCACUUUUACCCUCACGAUGCCGAGGCUCAGUGGCUUCAGGAACCAAUGGAGCAGGGGAUGCUCCCACAUGUGGUGUCUCACGUUUUCUCAAGUAGUCACAGGCACAACAGCGAUGGGACUUACAGCUUCUCCAGUUACUUCCUGCUUAAGGCCUCCCUCAGGGACGAUGGUCGACGGUACACCUGCCGGGUGGAACACAGGAGCCUGAAACACCCGAUCAAGAAGAGCCUGACGGUGAAAGUGACAGAAUCUACCUCAGCAACUUGGUUCCUUGUCAUCCUAUUGGUCCUUCUCGCUGGGUGUCUUGUUGUGACGUUGUAUUAUCUUUACCGAGGGAUGAGCACCAAUAAGCCAAAACCUUACUAGAGCACAAGACCUUUCAGUCCAGUCAGGACGUGCUGCUCCCCAGCUGAGGAAUGAAUCACCGCACAGAGAGUGGAAAGAAAGAACACGUGCCUCUGACUUCCUCCUGCGCUGGAUCUGCCCUAGUAACUCUAGCUGGUGUUUCUCCGAACACUGGUCUGAUUCUGUGUUGCCUUGUACACUUUGUAGUCAUGUACGCUUAUAAAAGCUACGGCUGGUGGGAGUGGAGAAUGCUGAUUUGGUCGUGUUGCACACAAGUUGCAAAGUUGAGCCCAGAAAAUGAAUGAAUGAAAGAAAAAGUUGAGCCUACUCUGCACACCGUGAUUUUUUUUGUACUGCUAUGAGUGUUGGUUAGUGGUAUGAAUUUUUCUUUUUAACUAAUGCAGCUGGUAGUUAUGCCAGUACAUUCCCGUCGGUGGACACCUAUUCCCCUUACCACAUGGAAAUAAGAUGCACUAAAAUAACGUCAUCCAUACGAGGGGGGAUUGUAAUACUGUAGGCUGGUAUAGUUUAAUGGAAUACAACUUGUAUGCAUAGAAGGCCAUAGAUAAGAUCCUUUAAAAUGAUGGGCCAGAUUCCUUGUUGCUCUGCCCCUCGUAUAAUCAUUUACACAAGUGCAGAUUAGGUAUGAAAUAUUCCCAGUCUGAUUUACUAGCACUUUGCACUGAUUUUGGCCAAGUUUACACUAUGGGAGUGAUAGCAGCAUAGCUAGCUGUAGGAUAUGAAAAGAUUUUUUUUCUUGUCGCUGUAAGAACACCACCUCCCCAAGCGAUGGUAAUGAGGUUGAUGGAAGCAUUCUCCUGUCAACCUAGCUAUAGAUGGGGGUGUGGAUCUAUAUAGACCAGGCCUUUGGGAUAAAAAAAACUACACAAGGUGCAGGGUGGUGGAGAAUCUGGCUUUAUGACCUCCAAGAGUUUUCACCAGUAUUUCUCAGUCAUCAAUCAGAUGUCCUGUAUUUGCAUGUUAGGAUUGUUAUGUUGGGGGCUUAUGGGUGGUGGUGGUUUUUUUUAAAGCCACAUGGGUGCUCAGGUAAUUUAUCCUAGUAAAUGAACAGCAAGAAUUCUACUCUGUUCCCUCUGUCUGGCCUCCACCCUUGCUGGUUUGAGCACCUUCUCUGCAGUACUUGCCAUCUGUAUCUCUCUGCUUUAGCUUUCCACAUAGCUUCAAACGUGUCUUUGCCCUGCUUAGUCCUAUUAAUUUUUUUCUUGUCGCUAUAGAAAUGCUUUAAUUUAUUGAACAGGCAGACAAUACCUUCACACCAUUGUUACUCUAACUUGUGCCAUCCGUUGUCCACUCACUGGUUCGUAUCAUUCACAUCUGCCUUGUUUAUGUGGGGAAAAAAAAACUUGUGCAAAAUGGGAUGGCAUCAGGCUGUACAUGCCAUUGCUCAGGCAUGGUUUUUAUAUCGGUGCUUCUUUUUGAGGAGUUAAAUAUUGAAGAAGAUAGCCAGUGCCCAAAAUGUAAAUGAUGUGCAUAUGCAAGAAUUAAGUUCUACACCUGAAAACAAUCCAGAAAUGGAAGCUGUUGCCAGAACGUGGCAGCCUGUUUGGUAAGUAGAGAAUGUUCCACCAGUGCCCUGCCAUCUCUAUGCGCUGCUUGGUGGGUUUCCAGGUGACAUUUAAGGUAUUGAUUUUGACCUAUGAAGCCCAAAAUGGCUUAAGGACCAACCUACCUGAGACUCUGUCCUUGAGAUGAGCAGACGGGCUGAAGUCCUAGGGGGCUACUGGCUGAGCAAUUCUCUGUGCGGACCCCACAGCUUCAGAAUUAGCGCCCCCCCCCCCAUCCCCUUCAUCUGAAAUGGACCGUCUGAUCAACCUCUGGGCACAUUGCAAAUCUUACCUUUUAGUCCCCAGGUAUUUGAAAAUGGUGGUUGCAUGCAGGCAGGUUGGUUAUAAGGGUGGGAAAUGGUUAGAGAGAAAAGGUAUUUGAAUUUUAAAGUUGCCUGGGUCCCUGGCGGUCAUUUACAUUGACUUGUUGGGCUGUACUUGGAAGAGCUUGAAGUCAUGGUGUCUAGAAUGUAUUGUACUUGUGCAAAUCUGAAUCAAUCAAUCUGCUUGCUGGCUUUCUUAAAUGCAAAGGGGUCAUUAAACAUUUAACAGCAAUAAGAGAGACUCAAAUUCUGAUUUGUUUGACUGGAUUCUUUGGCUGCUGGCGUAGGCUCCGUGGCUUUGUUACUCCUCAGGUCUCAAUGUUCCCACCCUGGUUUUUCCAUGGGUAGCUCUAUAACAGAGGCUGGCAGUUGUGUUUGACAAGGGUUCGUGCGAAUGUUGUUUUUAGUUUGGGCUCAGGUUGGUUUGCACUGUCCACUCCAUAGGGUUGCAUGGAAAGGUUGUCUGUAUACUUGGAUUUUAGCCACAGGUGUAGCUGCAUUUACUCCAGUACGAGUCACACUGGGACUUUUCAGACCCAGUGGCUGAAAUUCCAGAGUGAAAUCCUGGCCCCCAUUGGUUUAAAUGAGGACAGGAUUGCACCCCCACUGUAGGCCAGAUGAGGUUUGAAGUUCUGUUUACACAGUGCUCUUAUCAAAACCAGGUUGUGCUGGCUCCUGGGAGCUGGCAGGGUGGGAGAAGGGGGUGAAAGAGCCUCCCCCCCAGCCUUUUCCUAGUCACUAUCCUUGCUCUGAAGGAGAAGAAGAACUGCCCCCUGGCUAGCACCAGGCCUAGGGCCCCACACCCUUCAUGCUGACCCACUGCGCUGGAUGCUGCAGUUGGGAAACAUCUUCUUUACGGGUGGUACAGCAACAGUGCACCCCAGAAUCUCCUGCCUGGAGCACAUAGCCCCCACCUGGGCCAGUGCACAUCAUCAUUGCUCCCCCUGCUGUAGAUUCUGGUGCAAAGCAACAAUUAACCUCAUCAUUUUAAGCUGAGGGAGAAGGGGGGAGUUAGACACCAAUCUCCCUUUGGCUCCUUCAAAAAUCCCAGCUUUAUCGUGCUUUGGACUCUGCCUGCUGCAUCCCAAAGGAUAGAGGAGACUGUGGUGUAAUACUCCCCAGGACACCUACCACUGUAUUUUCUUUGAGGUAUAAAUCAAGGAAGAUUUAUUCUGCCUCCUGGUUUUGUUUCCCUCGUGUUACAGUGUGGAAGAUAUAAAGCUGAGUAAUGCCUGAAGCUUGAGCAACACUGGCUAAUCUUCUUUUGUGGUUUGUUCACUGAAGAUGUAGGAACACUUUACUGCUCCCGUGGCCGCCAGACAUUUUCCUGAGAGCUCCAGGAGGGAAGGACCUGGGACAUUACAACUGAGAUUCCAAACUACAGGGAUUUAAAUGAGGCCUUAUGAGUUUCAGCGAAAAUCCAAUUUCAUACUUAGCACAGGGAGAACGUUUGUAAAGGCUCAAAGGCUGGUGGAAUCCAGGUAAUCUAUUCCAGUGCUUAUUGUAAUGCGUAUGUUUUAGACUAAUUGAAUAGCUGCUGCUUUUCCCUUUUCCCAUGGGGUUUGAUUAGUAGUAGGAACCUAUGUUAUUUCAAGGUAUCUCCCUAAAUUACUUCUGAUGAGUCUUGAAGGGGAGGGGGGCUCUGCUUCAAAAAAGUACUUUAGUGAAAUAAAUUCAUGGGGGCGGAACAUGAGAGCCAGAUUCUCAAUUGGUAUCAUUCUAGCAAAGUCAAAUGAACUUCAGUGAUUUCUACCACCUGGAGGUCUGCUCAUCCUGUUGACUGAGGCCUACCCAUAUUGUAUAAAGCGCCUUUCUACCAAUGUAACUGACCACAUGAGAGGCAGGUACCACUUUGAUACCAGUAUGGUUAAAGCAGGACAGCUUCUGCCUGAAAACAAACCCAUAGACAACCUACAGGGCACUGAUAUUCAAAAGCUUGUUACUAGAGGUGCUCUUAACCUAAGGGGCAAAAAGUCUUCACCUCUUGUUCAAAGUUUUAUGGAGCUUAAUAUUGUAAAGAGACAUGGUGCCUGGAAAUGACUUUUGUGGGGGGUUUUAAAGUAAAUAAUUCACAAUGUCAAAAAGAGAGA